AUGGUACUGCAAUUAUUAGCUGUAGAAAGGGAAAAUGGACAAAUUGAGGUUUUGAAUCCUAUCACUGGAGUUUCUCAAGCUACAAUUUCAAAGCCCAAUGAUUUAAUUGUUCAUUCUCAAGAGAAUAAUAUUAUUGGUUUGCAUCUAUUUGGAAAACAAAAUCUUGAGAUUGAUUCUAGGAAUUUUAUUAGAACAUGUAUCUCUAUACAUUGCCAGAGAUUGUUGAAUGACACUUCAAAUUAUGAUGAAGGUUCUAUAGCAUCUGGGGAUUACAGUGAUGUUAUCGUAUACGAGAUUCAGUUCGAGGUUGCGGACACAAGUGGCUCCUCUAGGGGAAACAAUAAUUAUCGCAUGUGCAUAUAUUAUUUCUUCUUUAUUCACUUUUCCUGUAUUGCAAUAUUACACUUUUUUACAUCUCACGACUUUACUUAUGCCGAACAUUUUCAUUGUUUAUCUAUUCAUGCCAUGAUAAAAAGUUUUGGAACUAAAGCUGGAUUUUUUAGAAGCUUUCCCCAAAAAGAUCCUAAGCUGAUUUUCAGUGUUUCUACGAGAAUUUAG